AUGGCCACCCGCGCUGCAAAUAACCGCCUUGCCCGCGAAUACCUCGCGAUCCAGAAGAACCCCCCGCCCUACAUUCAGGCGCACCCCAGCGAGGCGAAUAUCCUCGAGCCCCGAAGACACCCCCUACGAGCACGGCCAAUACUGGGGCACCCUCGUCUUCCCCCCGACUACCCCUUCAAGCCGCCCGCCAUCCGCAUGAUGACCCCCUCCGGGCGCUUCCAGACCUCGACGCGGCUAUGUCUCUCGAUCUCUGACUUCCACCCAAAGUCCUUCAACCCCGCCUGGGAAGUGUCCACCAUCCUCAUCGGGCUCCUCUCCUUCAUGACGAGCGAGGAGAUGACAACAGGCUCCAUCAGCACCUCCGCCGCCGACCGCCGCAUCCUCGCCCACCGCACAAGAUGGUGGAACAGCACCGGCGGCGGCUCCGGCGUGCUGGACCCCGCCACGGGCGCGGUUGUGCCAAACACUGUUGCGAGCUCGGGGCCGACGGGUAGGGGCGUGGGGUGGGGCGAUAUGGGGAAGCGCUUUAGGAGCGAGUGGCCGCAGGUUGAUAGCGAGAAUUGGGAGUGGAUGAAGGUCGAGAGGAUCAAUAUGCAUACGGGGAUGGCGAUGCCGGCGCUGGGGUCGGGGACGCAGGAGGGGGCGGCGGCGGGAGCGGCGGGGGAGCAUGGCGGGAGUGUGGUGCCGGGUGGGGGCGUGAGGAAGAGGGUUGUGGGUGCGGGGGCGAGUGGGAGUGCGGCGACGGCGGCGGCAGGGGAGGCCGUAGUCAGGGUGGGCGAGACUUGGAUGAGGAGGCAUAAGAUGCUUGUGGGUGCGAUUGUGCUCUUGGUGUAUGUGCUCCUGGCGAGGAUACUGGAGUAG